AUGAUUAAUUUGUAAGCAAUUGUUAGUUUGGAUACAGGUGAAAAAAUAGAGUAGAUUUGUAUUUACGAAGGAGAUGACAUUGAACUUUUGACCUAAUUUUUUUGUGAUAGACAUUAAAUUAGAUAGGAAGGAAAAUAAUUUAUCAUCGCAGAGAUUAAAAGACAGCUAAAAGUCCCAGUAAAAACUCGGCACACUUCUAUUCUUUCUUUAAAUACAUAGCAACUUGUGCAAAAAUUAUACAGAAAUAAAACAGAGACCGAUGUUUUUGAAUAGUUGUAUGCAGAUGCCAACAAUUAGAAAAAAAGAUUGACGACUGCUUUAUAAGAACAUGAUCAAGAAGAAAAAUAAAUCAAUUAUGCAAUACCAAGAAUCAAUAGCAUAUCUCGUUUAAUUGUAAAAGAAAGAGGUAGUUCUGAAGAACCAAUUCAUUCUAAAUUAUAUUAAGAUGCUAAAGUGAUUGAAGCAAAAAAAAAAGCUUUGAGGGAAAGAGUAAUGAGUUAGGUAUAUCCAUUUCAUCCAAAUAUUGGUUUGAAUCCUAAGAAGAAACCUACUAAGUAAGAAUAAAUAUAUCAUGUCGAAAAACUGAUUUAAGAAUAAGCUGAUCAAUAAUUGAAGUAAUAAUAAAGAAGAUUAGCAUCAGAUGCAGAAAAAAAGGAUAAAGUCACUAAUUAACCAUAUUUCAAACCACUGAUAAGAAAGGAUCAAACAUUUAGGCUUGUUAAGAAGAAAGUAGAUAAGCAGGAUUAGAUCUUGGCAAAUUUAAUUGCAAAUAAAAUGAUAAAAUUAAAUAACAAAAAUUCUAAUAUUGAAUACUAAUGA